AAUUCAGCUCUGAGUUACAUCAAACGAAGCCUCUAAAACUGUGAGUAUGGGGCAACGUGGAUCCAGACCGGUGCCGAUCCUCCCUACAACCGUCGGAGCUCGGUGGGCUGAUCACCGUUUCAAGUUUGAGAAUCUCGUCUUCGAGGGAGGAGGGGCAAAAGGCAUCGCGUACAUCGGAGUAUGUAAGGUUUUGGAGGAUGCCCAGAUUCUGCCCCAUAUCAAACGGUUCGCGGGAACCAGCGCAGGCGCAAUCACAGCCGCCCUCCUCGCUAUCGGUCUAACGCCACAAGAGAUGCUGGAAGAACUGAGUUCGAAAAAUCUACUGGACGUUGUGUUAGAUGCUCGUUGCAAAGCAUUGAACUGGAUUCCCUUCAUGAAGAGGAUGAUCCAAGUCAUCGAUGUCGUCGCUAAGAAAGGCGCGUGUCCGGGCAAGAAGUUUAUGAAGUGGUUUGGAGAGAUCCUAGAGAGGCACCUGAAGAAACGAGGUCUACCAUUGGACAAAGACGUGACCUUUGAGCAGAUUUACCACGUCCUUGGGGUAGAGCUGUGCAUCGUGGCCUACAACGUGAACUACGACGUGGAAUCCUAUUUCCACGUCAAAACCACGCCUAUUUUGAGGGUACGAGAGGCUGUACGCAUGUCCAUGUCCAUCCCAGUUGCUUUCCAACCAUACACACUGGAUAGGCUCUACACCUUUAUCGACGGUGGACUUGCAGCAAAUUUCCCACUUUACGCCUUUGACGGUUGGUACCUUUCCAUGGACAAGUCUUCCUCUUUCUACCGCCGUCUUCAAAGCAUGAGUGAGACAGACUCAACCAUGGCCGACCAACUCUUCUACCCUGAAUACACGAAGGAACGUUUCGGAUCCCCGGAACCAGGAUCUGACGACUUCUUCAGAACACUGGGAGUUCUUGUCUUUUCUAAGAAUAACCGAGAGACGCACCAGUAUCUGUUUGAGAAACGACUGCAGAGGUUACCAGAGGUCAAUCCUGACUUCCACAAUCGAAGACCCCCCACCAAGAAGGAAAGGAAAUAUGCUGAAGGGUUGCGAGAAAAGGAAGAUUUGACAAAAAUGGGCAAGGAAUCUCUCCAAAGGCAGAUACAAAAGAUAGGGACAAUCAUUCAGCUCAUCUUCGGUGAUGACGACAUGGAUGGAGGGAUCGUUGAUACUGAGCAGCGAAGAGUAGUGGAACGCACACCCCGAGAGGGAAUAUCAGAAACCAACACUUUCAUGUCAGUAGAAGAAGCAAGGCGGCUAUUCAAUGAGACGGUGAAUGAAAGGGACGUCCAGCGUCUCCAAGUGCGUACGAAAGAAGAAGCCUUCAAGAUGCUGCUGCUAAAUGAAAAUGGAGAGCUGACCGACACAAAGAUCAAAAACAUCUACCAGAACUUUCUUCCCCUGCAAAAUGCCAAGAUGGAAAUCCUCGGUGAAAGGCCGGUGUCGUCUGUUGGAGAAUACUACGGAACGUUGAUGGAUUUCGUUGGGAGAAAGAACCGAUUCACGCGGGAAGACGUGGGGCGAUGCAUCGGCGUGGACGUGGACUAUCUUUCCCCCAUGGACUUCGACAUGGAACCUGCGGAUAUGGAGUUCCUCAGGAAGGGGUUUACAAAUCUAAACAAUUAG